AUGACAGUCGCCGGUGAUUUGACGCCGCGCGGGCAGCCCCACGGACACAUGGCUCUCGAGGACCGCUUCGAAGUGCUCAAGGAGAUUGGCGACGGGAGCUUUGGCAGCGUCGUGCUUGCCAGAGUAAGGACGGCUGGUGCCAAUGUCGCCCGCCGAGGCUCGGUGGUCGCUAUCAAGUCGAUGAAGAAGACGUUUGACUCCCUUGCGCCGUGCCUGGAGCUGCGCGAAGUCGUCUUCCUGCGCACAUUGCCCCAGCACCCUCACCUCGUCCCCGCCCUGGACAUCUUCCUGGACCCGUACAGCAAAAAGCUGCACAUCUGUAUGGAGUACAUGGAGGGCAACCUUUACCAGUUGAUGAAGGCUAGGGAUCACAAGUGCCUCGACAACUCCAGCGUCAAGAGCAUCCUCUUUCAGAUUAUGCAGGGCCUUGAGCACAUCCACUCGCACCAUUUCUUCCACCGUGACAUCAAACCAGAAAACAUCCUCGUCUCGACCUCGGCGCUUCAUGAAGCCUCAAACUCCUUUCGCCGCUACUCCUCCCUCGUCACCCCGCCGUCGACACCCCCGACCUACACCAUCAAGCUAGCCGACUUUGGCCUCGCCCGCGAAACCCAUUCCAAGCUGCCCUACACGACUUAUGUCUCGACGAGAUGGUACCGCGCGCCCGAGGUGCUACUGCGGGCCGGCGAGUACUCGGCGCCUGUCGACAUCUGGGCCGUCGGCGCUAUGGCCGUGGAGGUAGCCACCCUGAAGCCGUUGUUCCCUGGGGGAAACGAGGUGGACCAGGUUUGGCGCGUCUGCGAAAUCAUGGGCAGCCCCGGAAACUGGUACAACAAGGCCGGAGUCCGCGUCGGGGGCGGAGACUGGAGAGAAGGCACUCGGCUGGCUGGGAAGCUUGGUUUCUCGUUUCCCAAGAUGGCGCCUCAUGCCAUGGACACCAUCCUGCAGACUCCCCAGUGGCCCCCUGCCCUCAGCAGCUUCGUCACCUGGUGUCUGAUGUGGGACCCCAAGAAUCGACCUACCUCGUCCCAGGCCCUCGAUCACGACUAUUUCCUGGACGCCAUGGAUCCGCUGACGCCCAGGUCUUCAACCUCCAAGAUGCUUGGACGCAAGCAGUCAGACUUGAGCCGCUCCAGCAAGGACACGCACGGCGCUACGCAGGGCUCUUCAAAGCCAUCAUGGUUCCGCAAGUCCCUUAUUGGCCGUGGCGAGCCGCCCGAGCUGGCCGCGGCCCACACACACGCCAAGGACAACGCAGCCCCGCGGCCGCCCGCGAUGCACGCCACGGGGACCCCCGACCUCGUCUCUGGGAAGCUGCGCGCCGGCGCCGGCAAGCGGAGCACAUGGACCAACGGACUGUCCAACGUGGCCCCAAUGCCCAUCCUGCCCACGAUUCGGCCCAUCUCGCCGCUAUCGGAUGCUGUAACUGCCCGUGCCAACAAUGGACAACCCGAAGCUAGCGCUAAUGGCCGUCAUCAGGAAAAGUCGAAGAAGAUUGGCAGGCAGCUGUCCGUGGCCUCGAGCACCAACAACUACGCCGAGAUUCAUCGCCAGCAGGCCGAGCGCGCUCUCAACGGCAACACGGGGCUCGCGUCACCGCCCAACGGCCACAAGGAGAGCUUCUUUUCCCACUUACGCAAGCGGGCCAGACGCUUUUCGGGUCGCCACCAAACACCCGCCUCACCCUCGUACGAAGACAUGGAAGCCCAGAUCGGCUGCGGGCCUUGGGCUAGCAAUCGGUCUUCGAUGGUGGUUGACCAGCAGCAGAGCCCUGCCCCCAAGCCCGAGGCCUAUGAAUCUCUGGACAGGGCCCUCCGCGAUGUCCAGCAUCCCGUGGAUCCACGAUCUCCCCAGGCCCGGUCGGUCGACAACCUCAUUGGAGUUGCUCGAGGGGGGCCCAUCUCGAGCCGCACACGACGCGCCCAGGCCGCUCAAGGCGUGCAGCAGUACGAAGCCCCGGCGGAAGAAGACGAGUUUCUGGACGAGGCCUUGUCGACGACGCAACGAACCAUGAAUCGGAUGGAUGGGACCAGCAAGCCGCUGCGGCAAUCGACGAGUAACCUGGGUCUGACCAGCUCUCAUCCUUACCCCAGCCCGUCGCCAUCGACGAGCGGCACCCAGGUGCUGUACGGAGACGGCCAAGAGGCACUGACGCCGAAACCGCUCGAUCUCGGCAAGAAGUCGGACCGCCAGUACAAGUGGCCGACGCCGCCGUACGAGGGAAGCGAGUGGGGUGCUUCAGCGUCCGCGAGCAUCUGGGCCGCUAGCAACAGAUUCUAG